AUGGCUCUGAUGAGGUCCCUUCUCUGUAUUUUCAUGCACAUUGUUUUAUUUUCAACCCUCUGUUUCGCUGCCGACCCCUAUGUCAACUACGUUUUAAAAGUCUCUUACAUCACUGCCUCGCCUUUGGGUGUUCCUCAACAGGUUAUAGCAGUUAAUGAUAAGUUUCCUGGCCCCCCUAUCAAUGCAACCACUAAUUACAAUGUUGUUAUUGAUGUGACGAAUGAAUUGGAUGAAGAUCUCCUAAUGACAUGGCCUGGGAUCCAAAUGCGGCGUAAUUCAUGGCAGGAUGGUGUUCUUGGAACAAAUUGUCCAAUCCCACCAAAAUGGAAUUGGACUUAUCAGUUCCAGGCCAAGGACCAGAUUGGGAGCUUUUUCUACUACCCAUCACUUAAUCUUCAGAGAGCAUCUGGUGGCUUUGGUGGCAUUAUUAUUAACAAUAGGGCAAUCAUUGCAAUUCCAUUUGCACCGCCAGAUGGAGAUAUUGUUAUUCUGAUCGGUGACUGGUAUACCCGAAACCAUACGGCACUGAGGAAAGAUCUGGACUCAGGGAAGGACCUUGGGAUGCCAGAUGGAGUUCUCAUUAACGGGAAGGGACCUUGCCGAUACAAUACCACCCUUGUUCCCGAUGGCAUUGAAUAUGAAACUAUUAAUGUAGAGCCAGGAAAAACUUAUCGAAUGCGUGUGCAUAAUGUUGGGACUUCAACUAGUUUGAACUUCAGAAUUCAGAAUCAUAAUCUGCUUCUUGUCGAAACAGAGGGAUAUUACACAGUGCAGCAGAAUUAUACCAGCUUUGAAAUUCAUGUGGGUCAAUCGUAUUCGUUCUUAGUCACAAUGGAUCAGAAUGCAACUUCUGAUUAUUACAUUGUGGCCAGUGCUAGAUUUGUGAAUGAAUCAGUUUGGCAAAAAGUGACUGGAGUUGCCAUCUUGCACUACUCCAAUUCAAAAGGUCCAGCAUCUGGUCCUUUGCCGGAAGCGCCUAGUGACAUAUAUAACACAUGGUCAGCAAUGACCCAGCCAAGGUCUAUCAGGCAAAAUACAACUGCUAGUGGAGCUCGUCCAAAUGCUCAGGGAUCUUUCCAUUAUGGUUCAAUCAAUGUGACUGAUACUUAUGUUAUAAGGAGUUUGCCACCAACAACGAUUGACGGGAAACUUCGUGCUACAAUGAAUGGGAUUUCCUCUCUCAAACCUGAUCUACCAAUCAGGCUUGCUGACAAGCACAAUGUGAAGGGAACUUACAAACUAGAUUUUCCAGCUAAGCCUCUGGAUAGAACUCUACGGAUAGACAGAUCUGUUCUUAAUGCUACAUACAGGGGAUUUGUAGAAGUUAUUUUGCAAAAUAAUGACACCAGAAUGCAGAGCUUUCACAUAGAUGGUUAUUCAUUUUUUGUGGUUGGGAUGGACUUUGGUAUAUGGUCAGAAAGCAAUAGAAAUAGUUAUAACAAGUGGGAUGCGAUUUUUCGUUGCACAACAGAGGUUUAUCCGGGUGGAUGGACAGCAAUCCUUAUCUCUCUUGAUAAUGUUGGAGUAUGGAAUCUUAGAGUAGAAAACCUGGAUCGCUGGUAUCUCGGCCAAGAAACAUAUAUGAGAAUUAUCAAUCCUGAGGAAAAUGGCGGGACAGAGCUGUCUCCUCCUGAUAAUGUUUUAUAUUGUGGUGCCCUUCAGAGCUUGCAGAAACCGCAGAGUCACUCAGCUGCAACAUCAAUUAUGAUAGGAGUAUCAAAGAUGGUCCUUACUUUUGUGUUGGCACUCUCUGUUGGAAUUUUGAUAAACUCUCAUGCGGAUGGGUGAGUUCAGAAUUUAUGACAGUAGCGGCUUGUUCCGGUUCGGUUGUAGGCAGGAUUUAACAGUGAGUUUUUGUUUAGAUUAGGUUUAGAGAUUCUUUCCUU